CACGCGGAAAAUGGCCGACCACAACAAGUCGGGUGCCUGGAGUCCAACGUCUCCUGGGGGAACGACGGAUGAUAGCGCAACCAUGGAGGUCGGAGAUGAAGAUGACCCCCUCUCUGAAACGCAAGAAUGUGUGGAGGAAACGGUGGUCAUUCCGAUGACCGCACCUCCAGAAAAUCAAUGGUACCAUGGACGUCUCGGGCGUCAGACGGCAGAGGAACGUCUUCGGUCAGCGGGUGAGAUAGGCAGCUACCUUGUAAGGGAGAGUGAGAGUAAAUCAGGCUCCUAUGUCCUGUCUUACCUAGGGAAGAAUGGACUCACACACUUCAGGAUAUCUGCUAUCUGUGGUGAUUACUACAUUGGAGGUAGGAGAUUUGAGACGCUGUGCCUCCUGGUGGGAUACUACACCUCUGUAUCUUAUCUCCUUAAGGAAGAACAACUCAAACUGCCCGUCCCACCACCCGAGCCUGUGGAUGACCGCAGACGGGUGAUAGCACAUCUUCCUUUCUCUAAAAUGCCUGAGACAGAUGAGCUUAGCUUUGAGAAAGGAGAUUUGUUUGUUGUGCUAAAUGAGAUGGGAGAUGGCUGGCUGUGGGUGAAAGCUCAGAGGACGAACAAAGAAGGACAGAUUCAUGAGGCCCUCGUGGAGGACUUGAAUGGAACUAUAGAUCCUGAUGAGACAUUGCCGUAUUUCCACCCGGGUAUAACAAAGGAGGAUGCUGUAGAGAAACUCCGAGAGGCUGGCCAAGGAAGUUUCCUGGUGCGUCCGAGUGAACAUUCUCCAGGAAAUUAUUCCUUGUUUGUCCUUUGUGACAAGACUGUUCAGAGAUUCCGCAUUGAGAAGGAAGGGAGACAACUGUUUAUGGGAGGUCGAUAUUUUGAUGGGUUGGAGGCAAUUAUCGAAAGGUAUAAGAAGGAGGAGAUAGUAGAGAGUUUUACCUUGGAAACACCUGUCUGUAAGGGGUCAGCUGAGCACCUGUAUGACUCAAUCAGACAGAGCUCUCGGGGGCCAAUCACAGGGCGUGGCCAGAAGCUUGACAUGCAGGGCUACCUCUUCAUCAAAAAAAGUCAAAAGGUGAAGAAGUGGAAAAGCAUGUUCUUUGUACUCCUCGGACAUGAUCGACAGCUCUGCUUCAUGGAGAACGAAAAGAGAUCCAAACCUAAAGGACUUAUAGACCUGACCUACAGUUCCUUCUACCCAGUCCAUGACAGCUUUUUUGGGAGGCCAAACUGUUUCCAGCUUAUAACUAUUGCCAGUGCUACAAACCACUACCAGAUUUAUUACCUGUGUGCAGAGAACAGUGACUUCGCACAGACAUGGAUAAAAGUUUUGAAACCAUAUUGUGUUAACACGCAACCAACAAGGUCUCAGUCACGUUCACUUAAAGAAUUGCGUACCCUGACGGUGGAGGUUUGUGACGCCCGCGGAAUACCAACUAGGGCACUGCCACACCCCUACUGUGUUGUUUCUCUGAAUAACGUGCGUGUGUGUCGUACACAAGUGGAGGAAGGCGCCAAUCCUAUGUGGGACGACAAGUUUAUACUAGAUGAUAUUCCAUGUGACAUAGAAGACUUCAGCAUAACGAUCUGUAAUCACAGCCGACGAACGAAAGAUCAAGAAAUCGCCAACAUCACAAUCCCAGUGUUAGAUGUAAAAGACACUGACUGUUAUGACAAGUGGCACACAUUACAAGCUCUGAAUCCUGCCAUGCGUAGUGAGACUGGUUCCUUACGUAUUCGUGCACGCUACCUUCACGAGAUCAUAAUGCCUGAGGAAAAGUACUCCACACUGAAGGAGCUUAUCCUAAAUGGUGAUCUCAGCAACAUUUUGGAACUAUUCAAUCUCUGUGGUAACGACCGAAUUCCUGUGGCAAAGGCACUUCUUCAGAUCUUCCGGCAUGAGAAACAGGAGAAGGUCAUUCUCAAGACGAUGAAUGAUUUUGAAAUUGCUCGUGAAGAGGAGGUAUCCACCCUUUUUCGGUCAACAUCGCUGGCGACCACCCUGAUGGACCAGUACAUGAAGAUGACAGCGACACAGUUUGUGAGCAAUGCCCUGAAGGACAGCAUAUUACGGAUCCUUGACAGUAAACAGUCUUGUGAGUUGAAUCCACAACUAUUAGAGAGUGGAGCUGACAUAUCAGCCAACAGGGAGAAUUUUCUCCAUCACCUUAACGACGUUACGGAGUCCAUCAUUAAGGCUAUAACCAGCUGUCCUGUAGUACUGCGGUUUAUAUGUGGUUGUCUACAGAGAAGUGUGGCAGCUAAGUGGAUCAACGAUGAGAGUGUGAGAACUCGAGUUGUCAGUGGGUUUAUAUUCCUGCGGUUGCUUUGCCCUGCAAUAAUCAACCCCAAGUCCUUCAAUCUAAUAUCAGAAACUCCUACAGAAAUGGCAUCAAGGACGCUUAAACUUGUCGCCAAGGCCCUUCAAAACUUAGCUAAUCUGGUGGAGUUUGGAGCAAAGGAAUCCUUCAUGGAAGUUAUCAAUCCCUUCAUAAAACGAAACAAGGAGAGGAUGGUGGUGUUUUUGGAUGAAUUAUCAAAUAUGGAGGAAGUGGACAUAAGUCGUCUUCAGGUGAAUGUUAAUGACCUUGCCAGAAAUCUUGCCACCAUUCAUCAGAUCUGUGCCUCACAUCUGUCAGAACUCAGGAAACUCAGCGAGUCAAAGACAUCACUCAAGCAGCUGGUGGCAGUCGCAGAAAUUUUAUCCGACCACAAAAAGCGCUACAUGACAUGACAUCUGUUCUCAUUGACUACUCGUCUUCAUUAUCACUUCCUUUGUUUCAAGUUGGCUAGGGACUGGAUCUCCCUUCUUGAUAUUCAUUUUCAUUCACUUGGACAUUUCUUGUUGGCCAAUUUUGUCAUGUGGCUGACAUACAAAACAGCUUGUAAAGAAGCUGGAUUUCAAAAUACGUGACUCAUGGUGGAACACUAUAAAUAGAUUUUGUAGGAUUUAUCAAAAGGGAAAUUUCAGUGUUUCCAUCGCUGAUGAAUUUGUGGAGUGAACAGAUAUGGUGGUCGCAUUGGAUAUUUAUUACCAAGUUUCUUGUGUUGGUACACCUACAGUGUUCUUACAGCAUAAUGAAAAUUUGACUAGAAUUGGAGGAAGGUGAUUGAGUGACACUUCUACAAAGUGGAUUUUCUGUUAUUUUCACAAGUUGUAACACUAUAAACACAUUAUUAUGUGGUAGAUUGUGUGAUCGCGACAGUCAGCCAGACAGGGUCCAGUGCCUUUAAAUCUUAAUAACAAAGAUGUUUGAUUAGGUUUGUUCUGUCGGACCUGGUUGGUUGAAGUUCCCUGGAGUAGAUCUGGUAUCCAUUAUCACGGGGAAGAUUGGGGAUCUAUCUGACCAGCGGGAAUCUUCCUCAAUAUUAUUGCCUUGAUUGACUCUCCUUGAGUAACACCUAUAUUCACAAUUGUCUUGAAGACCAAGUAUGGAUGACAAAUAAUUUAUUUUGGGGACACAUAUGAUCUGAUUGGCUGACAGUUGAAGAAAAUACAAAUUUGAAUUGGAUCAAUGAGAUUCCCUGUACACACAUCUGUUCACGAUUGGUCGAUAGAUACACAGGCCAGUUUAGUAUUGAUAGAGAAAGGUGACUUUAUGAUUAUAUAUUAUAUGAAUGAAAGAAAUGGGUGAAAGUGAACAAGCCAAGUUAGAAAUAAAUCAUUUACAAAACUUGGUAUUUGGGGAAAAAAUUGAAACUGCAUAGUGACUUUCGUCUGAGUAACAUUAAAUGUGUGUAAAAGUAUUUUAUGAAAAUCUUAUCUUGUCAAAACAUAUAUUUAUCGUCACCUUGUAUAAUCAAAGAUUUCUUUUUAUAACACCAUGUAUCAUCUUUUAGAGAAAAAAAUCUGCAUUAUAUUUGAGCUUUGAUGUUGAUUGAAAAGAAAAAUAUUAAAUUUGAUUAAUUUUUUAUACAGAAUUGAUCUGACAUUCAGCUGAUGUGUGGUAUUUAGCCACCCAGGUCAGUUCCAGUAAACAUACAAUCAAGUAAUUUUGCAUUCAGAGGAUGUGAUCCCCAAGUCAUUUACUGGGGUCAAACCCAUGGGUUAAAUAUUUCAUUCUUGGUCAUAGGAAUGGGUCAAGCCCCUACAAUCCCUGCAAUAAACCCACCCUGUCUUUGAGCGAAAAUUAAUGUAUGGUUACCUGGGCAUAUUAUCAGAUGGUGGGCUAUUCAAAUCGCCCUGCGUCCAAGGUCCGUUGUCUGUCUGUCGUCCCUCCGUCAUCUGUCUGUCUGUCUGUAAACAAUUCUUGUUAUCGCUAUUUCUUGAAAAGCACUGGAGGGAUUUUCCUCAAACUUUAUAUGAAGGUCCCCCUUGAUCCCUAGUUGUGCCCAUCAAAUUUAGAUUUUUGAUCAGAAAAAUAAAAUGGCAGACAGAUGGCCAUCUUUGAUUUUAAUAAUUGAAGUUUUUAUCGUCGUUUCUUGAAAAGAACUACAGAGAUACUCCUCAAACUUCAUGUGUAGGUUUCCCUUGGUCCCUAGUUGUGCCUAUUGAAUUAUGAUUUUUUAUCAGAAAAAGAAUAUGGCCGCGACAGGCGGCCAUCUUUUAUUUUGAGAAUUGAAAUUUGUUAUAGCUAUUUCUUGAAAAGGACUGGAGAGAUGUCUCUCAAACUUCACAUGUAGGUUCCGCUGUGGGUUCCACUGUGGGUUCCGUUGUGGUUUCCGCUGUGGUUUCCGCUGUGGGUUCCGCAUGUAGGUUCCACAUGUGGGCUCCACUGUGGGUUCCACAUGUAGGUUCCACUGUAGGUUCCACUUGUUCAUGUUAUCAGAUUAUUAAAGAAGAAAAAAGGAAAAAAUAGACAGAUGAUCAGUCUGACAGAACCAAUAAAGAUCAUUCAAUGGUGGGCACCAAGAUCCCUCUGAAAGAAACUAUUUAAAAUUCAAGUGGAAAAAAUGGAAGUUGAAAAAAGUGUAUUCUCUUUAAUUGAUUCUGCUGUUCACCAUUUGAUGGUUUUUUUUUUAAUUUUUAUUCCUGAAAUUUUGAAAGAUUGCUUAACUAGACCAAUCAACAACAAAGCACAAAUACCAUGUAGGUUCAGUUUUUGUAGCACUUAUCCAUUUGAAAAAAGAUCCAUCUUCAAAAUGAUAUAAUAUUUGUCUAAACUUGUCAUAAUCUAACCUAGAAUCGUGUUAAUUUAAAAGUCUAGAUGUAUUAAUAGGUGUUUUAUAAGGGGAAAAGAUUUUUUUUUUUUUUAGAAAUAUUUUUCAGAUUUAUCUGAUAUGAACAAUAGUGGAGAUGAUUUCUGGACAGUAAAGCAUUUGUACAAGAGUUAUUGGGUAUAAAGAGAUAAUGAUGAAAAAUUCAUCUGAUCUGUUUUACUGAUUUAUGUAUGAAUUCUUAUAUCAUCAAGCAUGUUUUGCCCUUUCAGUUGGUGUAGAUAUUUUGAUUUUCAUCUUUUGUUGAACAUUCCUGCAUCUCUCAGCUGGAAAAUGUAUCAAAUAUGAUUAAGCAACAUUUGAAGUCUUAUACACCAUUUGAUAGCUUUAUACUAAGCUUGGAAAACAAAUACAAAUUUCAACAUUUCUUAUAUUUCAUGUUUUUUUGUUUUGUUUUUUACUUAUCCAUAUUUAGGUAUUAAGUACAUAUUUUUACAGCGCAGGGCAUGCAGUUUGGGCUGAAUGUUUUUUAAUGUCAGCUGAAUUAGGUAUCAGAAAAUCAUUUUCUGAAAUGAAGAGCACAUAGAAAAUAAGUAAUGUUCAGUAUUUGUAUAUAGACAGUGAUAGACAUAUUUAUUUGUCAGAUUUUUUUUUACAGUUUUGAAUGAAACAGAAAAUUCUUCAUGUUAUAGAUAUACCUAUCUAUAUAUUUAAGCAUUUUAUAUACAUGUACAAUACAUUAAUGUCUGGUUGAUAUAAUAACUUAAUAGUGGUUGUCAAAUUCUAAGGUUUGGGUAAACAGAAUUUCAUUUCCUCUUAAUAAUUCUUCCUAAACUGGAUAACAAGGUUUUGCUGAAUGUCAGCUGCCUGAAUGCUAUUCUUUUCUAAGUAUUUGAGACUGAGAAAAUUAGAUAUCUCUGAAAUGGGAUCACUUUCUAAACACAGGCUCUGUUGCAUCAAGAUUACAUAGCUUAAUGUCUGUAGUAAUGUCAGUUACAUUUGAUUUUCAAAAUGACUAGAUUUUUUUAGAUUGAACACAAAAGAGACAUCAUAAGAACAGAAAUAGAAACAAUUCAAAACUCAAUUUGAAAAGAAAAAAUAAUUUGGCUUAAGGUUAAAUGUUUUGUCCUUUCUAAAAGAAGCCAAGUGACUGCUAAUUUGAAUUUAGUACAUCAAUUGCUUAUAAAAUGCUCAUAUAAUAAAAUAUGCUAGAACUGAUAUAAACAAAUUUGAAAGGGUGCACAAUUGUCAUGUACAAAAAUCAGUGACAUGUAUACAAUAUUUGAACAUUGAAAGCGGUCAUACAGUAAUUCUACUCCAAUUAUUUUAAAGGAAAGUAACUUGAGACAGAUCUGAGGUAUAGCGUGAAACAAUAUACAGCUUUAAGAAAGCAGGAUAUUUAAAUUUGACACCUAGGACAUCAUAUAGCUAGUAAACUGAUGCAAACUUGAGAUGAGAACAAAAGUGCUGGACAAAAUCAUCAGAUUGAUCAGUUUUCAGAUGUUACUACUGUAGUUUUCAAAAGUUUACAAAAUCUAUAUUGUUAUAUUGCAUAUAUAGCUUUAAGAGGGUCAGAUAUGUGUGGUACAGUGUGUGCUUGUGUGUACUGUGUGUAUGGUAAGGUUGUAGAGAGUGUUGAUAGAUAGCCAAGGUUCUUACUAAACUAUUCUUUGGUCCUGAUGAAUUAUCUGUGUAGGGUUUCCAUGUAUUUUCUGUUAUGUGUAAAGAGAAUUAUUCCUGUUUCAGUUCUUCAUUUAGGUCACAAAAAUGAAAUUCUUAUGGUAAUACAAUGUAAUGCAGUUUUUAAUGCUACAUAUUGUGUAAGGCAGUUUGGUUAACGUUGUGUUUAACAUUUUGAGUGAUUUUUUUAAAGUAAACUUUUAUGCAUGGAUCAUUCUUGAUUUUAUCAAAAUUUGAUAAGAUUUAGAAAUAAGUUUCAUAUGAAUUAAAGUCAUCAUAAAACUGCAAAAUCUUUUGGAAAUAUGAGUGUUGAUCUGCCAUGAUAUGGAAUUUAUAGUUGUUAUGAAUGGCAGAGCUUUGUAGACAACUAUAACAUUGUGUAAACACUUUAAAUAUCAUAGCAUGGCACUUCAAAACUUAAAAGUGAGUUUAACGAUAGAUCUAUUUUACUUGGUGUUGAGGUCUCCUCCAGAAAUAUUGUGUGUCAACUCCACUUGGUAUGGCCAUGUAUAUAUACACCAGAAAAUGUAUGGAAUCCCUGAUCGGAUAUUGGUCGUUAGAGUCCUGGCUAUCAUAUGAUGGUGCUAUUUUCAAUGUUUGUUUUAUAUAUAUAUAUAUAUAUAGAUAUCUAAGAAGCAGAUAGUUCUUACAGAUGAAAAUUUCUCCACAGGUUUCUGUGACAAAUGACCUUUUUCUGUUAGAUAGAUUCUAAUGUAUUUGAUGAAUCUUUUAAACUGUCUCGUGUGUUAGCCUGAAGAGGUUCCCUACAUGGUGCAGGGGAAGAACUUUCUCUCUUUGUUGGUAAUCAACAGUCACUUUAUAUAAAGCUAUUAUGUACCAUAUAAAAAAAAACUUGAUUAUAUACUGUAUUUGUUUAAGACUUAAGUUCAUAGGUUUGUAGAAAGUUAAAACAUGUUAUUGAAAUGUAACUUAUGUGGUGGUUACUGGUAUGUUUUGCUUUGCUCACAUCACAAAGAUUUUAACUGACUUUAGUAAUUAGCUGAUGUCACCAGAUGUACCAAAAAUCAAACUCUGCUGUGUAAGUGAUGGAAUUCAUAGGUGCGUAGUUUUAAUGUAUUUACAAAUAAAUAUUUAAAUUUGAUAACAGGUUUAUGGAGGAAAAUACAUUUUGGUGCAAUAUUGUACAACAUAAGAAAUCAUGUGCUUGGGAAAAGUCAUUGUCGGUAACCCAAGUAGUGUUGUUACCCUAGGGAGAAGUCAUUGCCGGUAACCCACAGUAGUGUUGUUACCCUAGGGAGAAGUCAUUGUCAGUAACCCACAGUAGUGUUGUUACCCUAGAGAGAAGUCAUUGUCGGUAACCCACAGUAGUGUUGUUACCCUAGGGAGAAGUCAUUGUCGGUAACCCAAGUAGUGUUGUUACCCUAGGGAGAAGUCAUUGUCAGUAACCCACGGUAGUGUCGUUACCCUAGGGAGAAGUCAUUGUCGGUAACCCAAGGUAGUGUCGUUACCCUAGGGAGAAGUCAUUGUCGGUAACCCACAGUAGUGUUGUUACCCUAGGGAGAAGUCAUUGUCGGUAACCCACGGUAGUGUCAUUACCCUAGGGAGAAGUCAUUGUCAGUAACCCACGGUAGUGUCGUUACCCUAGGGAGAAGUCAUUGUCAGUAACCCACGGUAGUGUUGUUACCCUAGGGAGAAGUCAUUGUCGGUAACCCAAGUAGUGUCGUUACACUAGGGAGAAGUCAUUGUCAGUAACCCACGGUAGUGUCGUUACACUAGGGAGAAGUCAUUGUCAGUAACCCACGGUAGUGUCGUUACACUAGGGAGAAGUCAUUGUCGGUAACCCACAGUAGUGUCGUUACCCUAGGGAGAAGUCAUUUUUGGGAACCCACAGUAUUGUCGUUACACUAGGGAGAAGGCAUUGUCGGAAACCUACGGUAGUUUUGUUACAUUUCAGUAUGAUUGAAAAUGGGUCACAGACAAUGAGGAGAAAUCGAAGCUAAGCCAUUCUCGAUAUAUUGCUGUGCAAGCUAAAACUACCAAAUUUUCAUGAAAAGUAACAAUUAAAAAAGUUUUAACUGAAAUGCUAUAAUCUGCUUCAAAAUUUGACUGUUAUAUAUGGACUCUCGAUGACUUAAGAAUUAAUUUUCUAUCUCUAGAUGCUUUUUCAUAAGAAUUCAAAAGAAAAAAACUCUAGUAUGAACACCAGGGUAAAAGUUUUUAUAAGGUUUACUUGAAAUGUGAAAUGGAUGUUACUUUGAGUAAUUUUUUUUACAGAUGUAUUGAUAGGUUGUUAAGAAAGUAUUUAUUUUGACAAUUUAAGAUCAUGGCAAAAAUUAAUUCUGACAAAAUCAAUAUGUAAAAAUUGUAAAUUUUUUUGUUUCCCUCCAAUUUGAUAUUGGCGAAAACCACAUCUAACUGUAGUUGUUUUAUGAAAUAAAUAAUAUUGAAUAUGUU